AUUUUGUUUGAGUAGCAAAGGUAUUAUAAAAAGAGCUCAUAAGAACAUGUCCAAAGCAAACGUGAUAUACUGGCAACAACGAAAAUGAAUUGCAAGAUUGGAUUCAUGAGCUUCAUGGUGAUUAUUUCAAUAGUCUUCCUAUUUCUCUUGGUUUCAGGAAAAGUUGAAGCUGAACCCCAAAAAUGCAUUGGAUCAUGUACAAGCAGUUCUGCUUGUGGAAACUCUUGCAUUAAGAUGGGAUACAAAAUUGGCGAAUGCGCUGGCUGGAAAAACCCCGAUAAAUGUUGUUGCAUGUUUCGUAUGUACUAGAUGCAUUUAAAAUCAUCAGCAAAAAAUAUAACAAAUUAAAGCGCGCGAGUUCUGAUAACCUUUGUACUCAAAUAAUGGAAGAAAACAUAUUAUUACAUUAACAAUUAAUUAUAAUG